AUGGGUACUGCUGGGGAUAUUCGAGCUCGUCUUCGAGCAAAAUUCUCGAGAAGAAACUCGGCUGCACCGUCCUUGACGUCCAACGGCACCGGCACGAGCACCAACGGCGAUGCUCAUGGCUCGCAGCAAGCGGAUGGGACGAGUCUUACGCGGCAAUCCUCGGCCGCUGCAUCCAUUCCCAGGUCGAGGGCGAGCUCCCAGCAUCCGCACCCACAUACGCACCUACCACAUUCCACACCUCCCUCGCGCUCGCCGACUCCACACCAGCCAGAUCACGGCCUGCAGCAUCUGCAGACUCCGCCACAGUCCGCCACACCCUUACUCACAGGCAGCCCUGGCGACCACCCGCUGCAGCAGAGAUUGAAUGCAAUUACGGCAACGGCCCCGGACACAGUAGCGGAAGGCGCGCAUGCUGACGAGGACCAAGAGGAAGAGCACUUGUUGCCACAGUCGUCGUCGCCUUCAUCAGAACAUCAACAGGUCCAAUACCAUGAUGACCCGAUCAAUCAUGGAACUCAAGAUGGCGGUGCGUCUCUCAACAGCGACAACUCGUUGGUGACAGAGGACACCCCAACUACUGCUGCAACUGAACCAGCGGACAACCACAGGUCCGCAAGUAGCGCCAGCGAUAGGGCCAACAGAGACACUGUGGACGAAGCCCACAAGCCACACCCCAACCUUGACUCGCUGGCUCCCAUGCAGCCCGCGGCGCCUGACCAACGCUUGGCUAGUGAACCGAUGGACAACAGUCUGCGCUCAUCCUCAAUCACCACCGCUGUUGCAACUGCCCUCAGCAACAACCUCCCCAUCAUCAACGAAGACCAGACCCCCGAAGCCGACGACAAAGAGAAAAACCUACAUCUGUCACAGCCGCUUCCGCUGCCGCAGGUUCACCAGCCACUGCCGCCCAAGAUCGGCGCGGCACCCACCCUUACUCUCGAGACUGUUUCUGUCGAGGACCUAAGCGACGACCAACUUGAUCCCCUUAGCCAUGCCCUCGGCACCCCGACACCCCUCGUAGCCAGCAUCCUCCCAGCCUUGCCGCGGCCAGACGGCCCCCCCCGUCGACAGAGCCUCCUACCGAAUCGUCAAACGACGCUAAUCCGCAAUUUGCUCGAAGCACGGGCAGACCACGAAGUCGACCCAGCCGCCACCGAUUCGCUGCUUCCAAACAUCGCGAACAUGGUCACCCGCAAGGUCUGGGUCAGACGCCCUGGUGCCUCCCCCACCCUCAUCACCAUCAAUGAGGAUGACCUAGUUGAUGAUGUGCGCGACAUGAUUUUGAGAAAAUAUGCCAACUCCCUGGGCCGACACUUCGAUUCUCCCGACCUUACUCUACGCAUAUGCCCGCGCGAACAAAGGCAAGAUCGUCUCUUGGGCCCGGAAGAGCCCAUGGGUCGCACUCUCGAUGCGUACUUUCCUGGCGGACAGAACGUCGAAGAGGCCUUGCUCAUCGAUAUUCCCAGCCGCCGCACACCACGGCCAUCACCUCGCGCCCCUACACAUGCUACAACCAUAUGCUACAAUGAUGAUGCCAGGCCUUCUGAGGCCGGCGAAGGGUAUUUCCCUCCCGUAGCGGGAACGGCAUCUCUUCCGUCGCCGAACCUGCCGGUUCCUCUUGUCGCCCCCGUCACUGUUCCUGCGACGCGUUCCAUUCACCCCGUUCAUGCCCAUAACACGCAGCAUUCUAUUGCAAUUCUUGGGACGGGCCAAGUACCGCCGAUACCCUCGCCGAGACCCCACACAUACCGAGAUCGCCCCGAUCGUCCUCGCCUUGGAAGGAAACAUACCUCAUCGCCUACUAUCCUGAACCAGACUAAUGUCCAGACCAUGGCGCCGGCCGCAGCCACCGCUACAGCCGCUCACCCUGCCCAUUCGUUCCAGCCACGGCUACCAACUUCAAGAACACACUCGAAUACCUCAGAACAGUCCAAUGUUCCACCGGCUGCACCUCCGCUUCCAACCCCUCCUGCCCCUGAGAUCCAACCGGCUAGAGUCGCAACCCCUCCACCGACGAUUGCCUCUCCUCGACCAACAAUUUCUCGACCCAAGAAGACUGAUAAUAAUAUUAGGGUUGGCCGUCCGAGUCUGCCGGCCGGCAUACUGAAUGGAGGAGUGCCGCCCAUCAACGUACUGAUUGUAGAGGAUAACCCAAUCAAUCUCAAGCUACUUGAGGCCUUUGUUAAGCGCUUAAAAGUGAGAUGGAAAACGGCGGUCAACGGCCGCGAUGCUGUUACCAUGUGGAGGACCGGCGGGUUCCAUCUAGUGUUGAUGGAUAUUCAACUUCCCAUCAUGAGUGGAUUGGAGGCCACUAGGGAAAUUCGAAGGCUAGAGAGAGUCAAUUCGAUUGGCGUCUUCUCUUCGUCUGCGUCAAGCGUGCCGGAGGCCCCUAACGGCGAGCCCGAGGAGAAAGAUAAGUUGACAAACAUGGAGCUUUUCAAGAGUCCCGUCAUCAUAGUGGCCCUGACUGCCAGCUCUUUGCAAAGCGACAGACAUGAGGCACUGGCCGCCGGUUGCAAUGACUUUCUUACGAAGACUCGGGGCUCCAUCUUCCGUGAUGUCCCCAACGACGGCCCCAAAUACCUGUCCAUGAACGAGGACCAGCCCUUCCCGAUGAAUCCAUUCUUCAAGAGUCAACCCGUCCUGAGCGAGGAUAUGAGGGAAGAGAUCUUCACAAGGGUUAAGAAGAAAAAGGAAUCUUUGAAACAAGUCUCGGCUGAGCUUGGCGUCGAUGUUCGACGCGUCGCUGCUGUUGUGCGCAUGAAGGAGAUCGAAAAGCAGUGGGUUGCCGAGCAUAAACCGUUGGCCAGACCAUAUGCCAGGGCGGUCCUGCGGAUGCUGCCUCAGACUCACCUGAAUAAGGACAGGCCGGACCUUCAGACUCCUCACGAGCCUAUCAACGAGAUACAUGUUCAUAAGCUUACGACGCAACAAUUGUUUGUGCCUGUAUCAGAGUCUCGCCAGUUCGACAGAGAAGAUGCUGCCAAGGCUUUUCACAGAAAGAUGCUUUCCGUUGACGACCGUUCGCCACAUAAGGAGCUCAUCUCCAUGAAGAAAGCUGACGCUGCUGGAGGUUCGAAAGCUGACUUGCUCAAGAAGUUCAGAGAGGCCACAAGAGCCGAAGAGGACAGAUUAGUGGAGAGAGAGCGCCGCCGUUUGGAGAAGGCCGAGGAAGAGACGCAGCGUGUGGAUACUGGACGUUUCGAGUUCCGGUUCAAGGAGAUGAACGUUGAGAGCGCCGGCAAGGACGGCCGGAGUAGAAGAGGAGUUGGCUGGAGAUACGGCGUCCCUUUCUACGACCGCAGGAAGGGGGAGCUCAAGAUUCCCACAUCGGUGCCUUGA